AUGGCCGUCUCUUUCGGUCUGGGUGCAGGGUGCAGCGACCAUGGCCGCCCUUGCAGCAUGUUCGGCUGUGGAUUCAACAAACAAACAAACAAGACCGUCGUCAAACAAACAAACAAGACCAUCGUCAAACAAACAAACAAGACCGUCGUCAAACAAACAAAAAAGAUCAUCGUCAUCAUCAACGUGAACCUCGUCAAACAAACAAGACCGUCGUCAAACAAGCAAACAAUGACCAUCGUCAUCAUCAACAUCAACAUCAACAUCAACAUCAACGUGGUCGCGCGCCGCUAG